AUGGUGACCGAAGAAGAAGCAAGGGUCGGUUCGCGGCACAAGCGCCUCUCUACGAUUUAUUCAACCCUCAAGGGUAGAAUGUCCAUCUACCAACCUGACAAGCGAAAGAGCGAAAUUGAGCAGCCAGUCUGCCACGCUGCGCGACUGCCCAGCGAGCUCCUCAUUCUGAUCUUCCGUAGCAUCGACCGAAAACGCUUCAACGUUAAAAUGAUUCGUCCCGCUAUCCAAGAUGACGUGUUUAACGCGAGUUUGGUCUGCCGCGCGUGGAACAAUCCUGCUACACUGGUCUACUAUGAACUAGUACAGUUCCGCACGGUCGCCAAUGUCUUCAAGUUUUACCAAGCUCUUCUUGAUUACCCUCACCUCCGCUCGCUCGUCAAAGUCAUCCUCUUCCCCGCUCGCCUACGCAAACAGUGUCCCCCAAAACUCAUGCGCACGUUUGUGCAAAUCAUCCACCUAGUAGACUCGCUAAAUGACCUUACUGUCACCACCCGCUUUGUCUCCCAUCCGUCCAUGCCAUCAAACAAGUGGGACAGCAAUAGUCUACAUGUUGUCCCGAUAGGACCGGGCAAGCACUCGUCUAUUCGCCGGAUUACACUCUAUGGGGAUGGUUUGCGCCGCGGAAACCUACCUAGUGCGCUUGGAACGACAUUUUCCAACCUGACAUUCCUCGCUUUGAAUGGAAUUCGCCUCGCCCGCGACGUAGACACGAGCAUGAUGCCUGUGCUACCCGAGCUGGCGAGGUUCUACUGUUUUGCUGGAAACGCCGCGUUUAAACUCGAUGCGUGGCUCCAGGCCUGCCCCAAAUUGAAGCGAUACUCUAUUUCGAAGAUGCGGAUGCCACCGUGGGCGACGGAUGAGCCUCCCUUGGGGAUCCUCAGGGCAGAAAAGAUUACUUCGCUCGAACUGUAUUGGAUGUAUUCGCACAAUAAUCCCUGUAGAGGCUCGUGGCUUCUUCGCUGCCCUUCGGUCAAGCGUCUUCAGAUCACUUGGGAUAUCUUCUCUAGCAAAGAUGCGCCGCUUCCGACCGCCCUCGAGCAACUACAACUCACAAUACGGACCAAGGACGAUCUUUCUAUUGAUGUCGUGCGAGAACGACUCAAGGACAAGCCCAACUGGGACGAAUUCGUCUUCAUGGCUUCGGAUCGACAACAGUGGCACAAGCAUAACGAAGAGGAGCUUAAGAAGAUCUUCGAAGAAGCCGGGGUACAGAUGAAGGUCGAUCAAACGGUCAUUUGGUAUCAGAAGGCGACCCGAGAGGCGAAGAAGAAGGAGAAUAAGGUCAUCGCUCGUGUAAAACGUGUAUUCAAGUCCCCUUCAAAGGAGGACGAAGAGUUGCUUGAUUGGGAGUGGGCGAAAACAUAG